AUGCACUGUCGUUCAUCAUCAUGUUGAAGUACAGUAUUAGAUUGUAAACAUUUUAAAUGAAGUGUAUAUGAAUAACUCCAAUCUCCUAUUAAGGUCAAUCGAGUCAACCAAAACGAUGACCACCGAACAAGAAACAAACGGAGUGAUUGUUGGUGAUGGAAAACGUGUGUUUUAUCAUGAGCAUUUCCGCUUCCAUCUAGUCCAAGCGACUUGUCUGAGAUGCUGGCUGAGGGCACCAAAGAAGCUCACGACCGAGCUGAGAACUGCCAGUUUGUCAAAGACUUCCUCAGAGGACAUAUUCCAAGAGAGCUGUUUAAGAGAGGCACAGCAGCUCUGUACUUUGUCUAUUUGGCCAUGGAGGAAGAGAUUGAGAAGAACAAAGACCAUCCUCAAGUUGCUCCAAUCUACUUCCCUGCAGAGUUGCACAGGUGCGAGGCCCUGGCCCGGGAUCUCGAGUAUUUCUAUGGAGCCGAAUGGCAGAUUCAGAUCAGCCUUUCUGCAUGCACCAAGCCUUAUGUGGACCGCAUCCACAAUGUGGGCGCGCAGGACCCCGCGUUGUUGGUGGCCCACGCGUACACCCGCUAUAUGGGGGAUCUCUCAGGUGGACAGAUCCUCAAGAAAGUGGCCCAGAGGGCACUUAAGCUCCCCUCAUCUGGAGAGGGUCUCAACUUCUACCAGUUUGAGGGCAUCCACGGUCACAGCGGCUUCAAGCGGCUUUACAGGAGUAGGAUGAAUGAGAUCGAGCUGGACACUGACACCAAGCGAAAGAUCGUGGAAGAGUCCAACAGAGCUUUUGGCUUCAACAUGAUGGUGUUCACAGAGCUUGAAGAGAUUGGAAAAAAAAUCCCAGAGCAAGCACAAGAGGAAGCUUUUGGACAUGGUCAUGCUGAAAUCAUGCAAGGGGAAGAUAUCAAUAAGUGCCCAUACUAUGUGGCUAAAAUGGCCACCAGCGGAAAUCCCACAUACGUUUGCCAGUUUGCCAAGGCUCUCCUGCAACACUUGCCCUCUCAGGUAGUGCUGGCCGCUUGGAUCGCUCUCUUUGCCGGCUUCACAGCCUGGUACCUUCGGUAAACUUUAACAAUACACUGCAUGCCAUAUACAGGUAAAUGUUGUAUUUUACAACAAUACUUGAAUACUGUAUUUAUAAUCUCAUAAUUACGUACCAGGAUGUGGAGGAGAAAGCAAAGUGGGAAAGGGAAUACAUGUGUACAGUCAAUGAAUGGAACAAACUGCCUCUGAAAUCCUCUCUCUGUAUUAUAGAAGCAGCAGUCAGAGCAAAUUGACACUGCCCUGACAAAUGCAAUAUUUUGUUUGUGGUUCAAUUUAAAAAAAAAAAAAAAAAGAAACAAGAGUUGAUGUGCUAAAUCCUUCCCACCCCCAAACCCCCAAAAUAAAUAAAGUGC